AUGGGCAGAAUAGAGACAUUAGAGUUGGAGAACUUCAAAUCCUUUAAAGGAAAACAUGUUGUUGGACCUUUCAAGAAGUUUACUGCCAUCAUUGGACCGAAUGGAUCAGGUAACCUUGUGUAAUUUGUUUUUUACUUUGAAAUUUAGGUAAAUCUAACCUUAUGGAUGCCAUUUCCUUUGUUUUGGGAGAGAAGAGCACAGCCUUGAGAGUUCGGAGGAUUGGAGUAAGUGUUAUUGUGGUUUACAUAUUUGCAUAAUGCGUUGGACGAAGUAAUGAAUAUUUUAUGGUUAAUGAAUUCAGGUUUUUAUAUUGUUAUUUUAUCUUUUUUAGGAUUUGAUCCAUGGAGCGUCGAUCAACAAACCCUAUUCGAAUACUUGUCGUGUUACCUUAAAUUACAUUGAUGACGAGGAAAAUAAACGGAUCUUUACUCGAGCUGUUAAGAACCAGAAUAACGAAUAUCGUGUAGAUAAAGAAGUAGUAACCACAGCACAGUACAACAGUGCUCUUCAGAGUAUUAAUGUCUUUAUUAAAGCUCACAACUUUUUGGUAUUCCAAGGAGAAGUUGAACAGAUUGCGAUGAGGUCUCCUAAGGACUUGACUGAGAUGUUUGAAGAGUUGUCUAAGUAUGUUUUUAAAAGUAUGGACAUUUCUUUGUAAAUUUUUAAAUAUAUUUGUAAUAUUGUUUUAUUUUUUAGAUCUGCCCAGUUUAAGAAUGAAUAUGAAAGGCUGAAGAGCGAAGUUGAAAAGGCUGAAUCUGAAACCGUCAAUAACUUUAACAAACGACGAGAUGUAGAAAAAGAAAAGAAACUGGCAAAACAAGAAAAAGAUAUGGCCAGAAACUUUGAUCUCGCUAAAGAAGACUUUGUAGGUUUAUUUUUAUAUUAUUUUUUAUCGUUUUAGAGGUUGUAAUGUAAAUCAAUAUUUUAAAUAUAAAUUAAUUUCAGGCUUACAAAUCUACAAAAUUUUAUAUUGCCAAGCUUUUCGCCGCUGAUUUGGCAGAGAAAAAGGCUAGAAAUCAGAAAGCUCGGUUUGAAGAAGAAUUGGAUGAAGCUAAAGAAUCUAAGCAAGAACACGAUUCUAAAGUUCAGGCAAAGCGAGACGCUGUUAGACAGAGGAACAGAGAAGUUCAUAAACUUGAAAACAAGGUUUUGUCCGAUGAAAACAAUGUCACGAAGGAAAAGCCAGAACUUUUGAAGCUAAACCAACAGAAGGAGCAUAUAAAGAAAAGGUUGGAAGUGCUACAGAAGUCUCAACAAGCUGCUCAAAAGAAGGCUGAAGAACACGAAAAGAACAUUUCUGAUGCUACAAAGAAACUCGAGUAGGUUUCAAAAAAUAUUAAUUGUAGCUCUUAAGUUCUUACUAUUAAUUUAACUGUGGUUAUGUAACUUAUUAUUAUUAUAGUGGGGCCAAGAAACAAAAAGAGAAGUUAGAAGCGGCAUUGGCUGCUCAGUCUGAACAGAGCCAACUGAAAUUGGAUUCCCAACAGAUUGAUGAAUAUCGUGCAUUGAAGGCCGAAGCCGAGAAACGAACGAUGAUGGUUUCUUCUGAAAUCUACAACAAACAACAAGAAAUGGAGCACAUACAGUCUUUGAUUGACUUUGAAAAGCAAAGACUGGUCGAAUGGAAAGACAAGGAAAGACGUGUAAGUCAUUUUGAGUCGAACCUUUGAGUUGUGUUUUGUUGUGUUGUAUUUUAGUCAAUUUAUCUUUUUAGGCUGUAGAGGACUUGGAAAAAGACAAACGAAUUUGUGAAUCUAUUCAAGAAUCAAACGAAAGAACCAAAGAACGCCUUCAGAAUGAACGCGGAGGUUUUGACGACGAUGAGGAACAGAUGAGAAAUGUAAAACAACAAAAGGCAGACCUGCAAGAAGCGUUGGCUGACAUUCAGAAGCAGUUGAGCGACGCUGAUGGAGAUACGAAAGAGACCAGAAGAGAACAACUUAAGAAUGAAGCCUUGGAGAACAUGAAACGUAUCUUCGGCGACCAUGUUUACGGUAGAAUAGUAGAGUUCUGUAGUCCAGUUAACAAGAGAUACAAUGUAGCCAUUACGAAGAUUCUGGCCAAACACAUGAACUCUAUUGUUGUUGAUACUGAUGACACAGCACGAGCGUGCAUCAACUAUCUUCAUGAACAACGUAGCGAGCCUGAGACCUUUUUGCCUUUGAAUACGAUUGAAGUGUCAGCGUUGAAGGAACAGCUGCGGAACAUGAGGAAUGCCAAAUUAGUUUACGACGUGAUUCAGUGUUCUGUGCCUGAAGCCAAGAAAGCUGUUCAGUUUGCUUGUGGCAACGCUUUAGUUGCUGACAGCAUUGAGGUUGCGAGAGAUUUGGCAUAUGGUACUGACAGAUACAAGGCAGUGACUGAAAAUGGUACUCUGUUUAACCCAGAAGGAACUAUUUCAGGUAAUUAUUAAAGGUUUUGUCAUGCAAUGAAAUCGUGACAAUAAUUGUGUUUUUAAAAUUAAAGUUUUUAUUUUUAGGUGGUAGUUCUGAUCUCAAGCAACGCUCUAAAAAGUGGGAUGGCCAACAAACAAAGAAACUGAAGGACAAAAAACGAAAGAUUGAAGCUGAGUUGGCAGAGAUUCAAGCAGCGACCAAGUCAGAAUUGGAACUGGAGAUGAAGCGACGAGAAAUCAGAAACAUGGAAAACAGAAUCAAGUACACAGAGCAAGAUCUUGAACGAAGAACCCGAGAACUUGAAGCCAAGGAAGGUGAAGUCAUCAGAAUUAGGAGUGGGGUUGAAAACAGCGAGUUCUUGCUUCGUGAGAAGAAUGAAGAGUUGGCGGAAGAACAAGAAAAGAUCGACGAAUUAAUUGCCAAACGAGAUCAAGUUGAAUCUCUGGUAUUUGAACAGUUUUGUCAACGUAUUGGUAUUAUAAACAUCAAAGAAUACGAGGAAAAUGAGCUUCACUUCCACGAAGAACAAAACAGAAAGAUCAACGAGUGUCUGACCAACAUCGAGAAGUUCAAAAACGAACUCGAGUAUCUCAAGACUGAAGAUCGUCAAGCUGUUGUUGAACGGGAAGCGGAGAAGAUUACUAAACUGAAAAAGGAGGAAAAGGCUACGGAAAAGAAAUACAAAGAGCAGCAGCAGAAAGUAGAACAGUUGGAGCAGUUACUCAAUGAUGACAAGGAACUUCUACAAACAAAGAAGGUCGAGUUGGAAGAAGCGGAAGCUGAGUUGAACAGUGCCAAGAAAGAAGGACAGGAGAUCGACAAAGCUGUUCAUGCAGCUGAAAAGAAGAUCCUAAGUCAAGAUCAGACAAUCAGUAGGAAGGCCGAACAGCGCCACGCUCUUCUACUUGAGUGCAAAGUGCAAAAUGUGGAUAUUCCCCUGAUCAGUGGAAGUAUCGACAGUUUGGUACAAGACGAGUGUAAGUCUUACUUCCUUAAAAUGUCUGUUUAAUCAUGAAUGGAAAUUAUUAUUAUUGGUUUCUGUCAAUAUAAAACUUUUUAAUUAUUUUUGCCUAAAAUAACAUCUUUUAUCUUUAGCUGACGAAUCUCAGCCAACUCAGAGUACUAGCACAGAAUUCACGCAACGACUGACCGACAGUAUUCAGAUCGAUUUUUCUUCAUUGUCGAAUAAGGAGAAACGGAAAUACGAAGAUGAGACAAAUGCCACAAAGGAGAUUAUAGCACUCCAGAAGGCUAUGGCAGAAGCGGAAGCGAAAUUGGGAAGAAUCGCACCACCGAUCAUUGAUGUAAACCAAAGGUAAAUCAAUUGUGUUUUAACCUCAAUGUUACAGUUUUCGCUAAGGUCUGGUGUUAAAACUUAAUAAUUUAGAAUGGAAGAAGUAAAAGGCAAAGAAAAGGAAACAAUUGACCAGUAUGAAAAUGCAAGAAAGCAUGCACAGAAGUUGAUGCACGAUUUUGAUAAAGUGAAACAGAACCGGUUGAAUCGCUUUUCGGAGUUCUUUGAUCCUGUAGCACAACAUAUUGACGAAAUCUAUAAGGUAUGUCAUUUGUACACUAUUAUUUUUAUGUUUGUUCAUAGGUUAUCGAUCUUAUGUUGCGUUUAAAGAGUAUAUAAUGACUUCUUUAGGGACUCACCAAAACUCAAAGUGCGCAGGCGUACUUGGGGCCCAUGAACCACGAAGAACCUUACAACGAUGGUAUACAGUACAAUUGUAUCGCCCCAGGAAAGCGAUUCAGGCCGAUGGACAAUCUCUCUGGAGGAGAAAAGACAAUCGCCGCCUUGGCCCUCUUGUUCGCCAUCCACGGGUCCAAACUGCCAUCCCCAUUCUUCGUACUCGAUGAGGUUGACGCCGCUUUGGACAAUACCAAUAUUGGUCUUGUGGUCAACUACAUGAGGGAACGUUCCCGCACUGAUCUCCAAGUUAUCGUAAUAUCCUUGAAAGAGGAAAUGUACAGUAAAGCCGACGGUUUGAUCGGAGUCUACCCCAAGAAGUCUCACCCUUGUAUCUCUUCAGGAAUCAUCACAAUGGACCUAGAAAAUAGUGCUUAAAAUAAUUUAAACUUCACACUUUCUAACGUAUUAACCUAUAUUAUAUAUUUAUCUCACGUUAUUAUAAAGUAAAUAAAGUACCUGGUGUUAUAAACAUUGAAUUCGUCGUAUACUACCAAAGAAGAUUACAUUGCACUGAAAUGGGUAAAUUUAAGUUUAUAAGACAGAUAACUUAGGUCUUCUAAAGUUUUAAUUUCAUAGAUAUCAAUUUUUUUAAUUUUAAUUCAAAUGCUUAUUUAUACGCUCAAUUUGCACUAACGAAAAAUCGUGGCAUUCCGAUAUAAAGUAAAAAUUUCUAAAACUAUUUUUUCGUAAAAUUAUGCAUAAGGCACAGAUACGAUGGCUGAAAAUGGUGUAAAAAUUACUUCAAAGUCAGUUGUAUCUACGUUGGGAACGUUCAGAACUAACAUUAAACAUGUAAAGAGUAUAAAUGAAGUUAAAAAAUGUUUGUUCGGUAUGUCUUUGAUUAAGUGCAACUUGUAAAAUAUUUUAUUCGUAUUAUUCUUUAAACAAUGUUGUUUUAAACUGCUAUUUUUUAUUAGUUAAAAGGAUAAACUUUUCAGAGAACGAACCGUUUGCUCAUUAUUACUUUGAAGACUUCAUUGAGAAUGUUGAAGAUCUCGAUCUUCUCCAGAAAGAGCUUGAUGCAGCUUCAUGGAACAGAAAAGAGAACGAUCUCUACUCACUAAACCAAACAUCAGAUCUAAAACUUUUUGAUCCUGACAAGUUUUCUAACUUGUGUUCUUUUCGAAAUUACCUAAAAACCGAUCUAAAAAACUACUUGGCCGAUGUCACUAGAUUCGAACUGAACGAUAACGUCGCUGUUACUGGCAGUAAAUACUGUAGAACUGACACUUUAUUACCUCAUGAUGACAGUCUUGACGAACGUGCUAUUGCCUUCGUUUUAUAUUUGAGCGACGAUUUUACAGCCAAAGACGGUGGUGAUCUGAUAAUAUACAAGUCAGAUCCAAAAAUCAAUCGACCGGUAGAGGAGUACAAAAGGAUCAUACCUAAAAAGAACACUUUGUUGAUAUUUCCUGUCCAAACGAACACAUGGCACGCUGUCUCAGAAGUCUUGUCGGACAGAGUUAGACUUACGGUAAAUGGAUGGUUUCAUGUUACCGGUCGAAAGUCAGCUUCCGAUCCAGCUCCUGAGAAGCCUCUGGUUAGACUGACACCUGGACUGGACAUUGAGGUAAGUCUCGUUUGUCUUAUGUUUAUGUUUUUAGUUGAACGACGUUCAUGAAUGGGUGAAUCCGACGUACGUUGACGAAGCAUCGCACAAAAUGAUUAAAAAAAAGUUUUGUGCUAGAUCACAAUUGACCCUGGACAACUUCCUUAGCGACGAUUGUUAUGAUGAAGUGUUAAAAGAAUUGAAGAGUGCAAAGUUUGAUAGACUUGGAACAGCAGACAGAAGGUACAAGAUUACUUACCACUACUUUAGUUUUUUAAUGAUACUACCUGUUAUUGGACUUUUAUAAGGAAGUUACUUCUGUUUUUAGGAGAAUAGACAGAUUAAACGAGGAAGCGAUACCAAAGGAUGGAGCUGUGCAAAAGGUUUUGAAUCUGUUCAGAUCUCAAGUCAUGUCGCUGCUUUUGACUCAAUGGACGGGUCUGGAUUUGAUUAAUGAAGAAAGGGAAGAAGAACCUGGUAGGUUUGAAAUGUUAAAAUAAUUUGAGAUUCUAUUUGUUGUUAGCAUUUACUUACGAUUACUGUUUCAGCGUCAAAGAAGCCUCGCACUUCAGAGAAUGGUGACGAUGCCAAACACGAUGACAAUCCAGGUAUACUACGCAUUAUUAAAACAUUUAUAGUCUACAGCAGAGUUAGAUAUUUUAGUAUUUUAUGAAACCAUGGUUAAAAAAGUAAUAUUAUUUGUUUUAGUCUCCAUGUUAUCUUCACUUAACCGUGUGCGUCACAGUUACUACUCCUUAGUAGACUCUCAGAUGGCAGCAGAUGCCAAGAACAAUGGAUAUGCAUUAGACUUGAUGAUUUUCUUUAUGGACGACGAAGAGUGGCCUUCCGAAGCUGGAGGAUUCAUAAGUUAUCUGGCUGAAAACGAUCCUGAUGAAGUACGUUGUAACCAUAUCAAGUUGUUGUUGAUGUAAUCACUAUUAUUCAUAGAUUUUAUUGUUAUCAUUAGAAUUCUUUAAAUUUACUUUAUUUUUUACAGUUACUGCGAAUGCCUCCACGGAAGAAUUCAUUGGCGAUAGUGUUCCGUGAACCCGGAGUUUUAAGCUUUACCAAAUAUGUCAAUUGCAAUAUCGGAGACAAAGAGUAUUUCGGCUUGAAUUUGACGUAUUUUGGAGUCUGCAACGAUGAUGAAGAUGAAGCAGAAGAUGACGAGGUAAUUUUAAACAAUUUAUUUUGAUUUUCUUUGCUUUAGGAUGAGUUUGAGGAUGAACUUGGCGAAGAAUCUGAAGAAGAAGAUGAGGCUGAUAAGCCAGGAACUUCAAAAUCCUAG